AUGACCAAGUUAGACAUCGAAGAAGAAAUCGAACUGUGCCAUUAUCAUUUCAAACUGCCGGAACACAGUUUCAUUUUCUUUGGAUUCUGGAGUGUAUUCAUCAUUAUCAUUGUUCUCAUGACACAAUUCAGUUCGUACUCGGAACCAAUCAUUCCGUGGGUUCGUCUCAAUUCAUCUAAUUUCAAUGAUUUGCGAUAAUUUCAGGACAAUUGUGAUUUGAAUACAACUUGGGAACCUGUAAUGCGAACGUUUAUCAACAAGGAGCAGUACAAAAGUGAAAUGAGAAAGUGAGUGAGCUUCAGUUUCAACUCUGAAAGCUCUAGAGUUUUGUAGGAUUGUAAAGUUUCGAGAGAAGAACAACAUGUAUCGGAAGAAUAAUUAUUCGAGAAUUGAGUACGGAACGACAGAAUUGUCCUACUGUAAAGUGUGCAGCCAAGUUAUGAAAUGCAGUUUGAAAGUGUCAAACUUCAGACUGAGGGCGAUGUGAGCUGUGACUGGGUUGCGAAACGAGCGGAAGUGACGAUGCCGGAAGGAAUACUGGUAGCUCUCCGAACGGGUUAUCCGUUAAUUCUGUCAGUUUCAGGUCAAAUCAAUCACAAGGACUAUUGAGCUAGAUCCCUAUUUCUCUUCGGGGCUACGGUUUCUGGUGAUGGAGUGCAUGAGUUUCCGAAUGGUAAAUUUGAUUCAAAAAGUGAGAAGAACAAGGAGAAUAUGCUCAGACUUUGGCACUAAUUCGUACAGCAGAUGUGCUCACCAGCACGAGAAUUCCACUUCCUCGUUUCGUGCAAUUCGUGCUCUCCGGCUCUCCGUUUUUCUCGUUUCUCCAGUCUCUCUCGCUCUUCUGGAUAACAGCUCUUCACUCCGAAUUCGACAUCGACGGCAGUGAGUCAUCUUCUUUUCGAUUUCGAUUCUCUUCUUUUUUCAGUUUCUUUUUUCCAUCCUUAUGCAUAUCUCUUUGUUGGAAUAUUCACUUUUCUCGAGAUGUUCAUCGACCUGACGCACGACGCUUUUGAUGGAAGAUUUGUGUUUGUCAGUUUCAAAAAUUAUUGUGUCUCACAAAGGAAUAGCCGAAUUCUCAGAUUCAAAAACCGAGAUUCUACAUAAAAACGACGUGUUUCAUCGCUUUCUCUGCGUGCUUCCCGCAAGUCGUUUUGAAUUGGCUUCAAUUUUUCAACCGCAAAACGUGCCACGCAUACGGUAAACACAAAAGAGUGUGAAAGGUGGCAAAGAAAAACAUAUUACAGUUCCACUGGUGGACGGAAUGUUCGAGUACACUUGCGCGUUCUCGAUGAUUUCGUACCACUUCAUAAACGCUCAGAUGCCGGUGCAAAUGUACAUCACUCCGACUGUAGAGGACGUCCGAAACGUGACGUCGUUCCCAAAAGACAUCUACAGUCCUGCGUUCCAAUCGGACAAAUCUGUGCAAUGCGAAAGUUUAGGCGGAAGUAGCUAG